AUUUUAUUUAUUUUUUUUAUUUAUAGAAGAGCAAUGUUACAAUUGCAUGACCAGUUUGGUUACGUCAAAGGAAAAAAUGUUCAUCACGCAAACGAAGCUGCUUCAUGAAGUUACGUGGAAAACUGUCAUGCAAAUAUGUAAGAAACACGUGAAAGCGGCAGCUGGACAUCUACAAAGAACAUCUCCUCAAUCAAAAGUCGAACGAUUAUACAAAAAUUGGAUAUGGUGGGUUUUACAAGAAUUGCCGUUUCCCCAUUUGGUAAAAGUAAUGGAUUGUUUCUUUCACGAAGGAAUUAAAGUAUUUUAUAGAACGGCGAUGGCAAUUUUAAUCCUCUUCCACAAAAGCUCAUCGUCGACAUCGUCCGAUUGGAACGGCUGCAUUCAAAAGCAUGGCGUUGAGUACGCGUUGACCAAAUACUGCAGGGAACUUCCGCACCCUCCAUCGAAACUGUUGAAAGUUGCGUUUGGAAUUCGCGGAUUGAGUUCGUCGUAUAUUUCGAGGGUUUUUAUUAGGACCGAGAUGAUUUUGAAGAGUAAAUCGGCGGUUACUGGAACGGGACAAAUAAUUCGAUCGAGAUCAACAGAUAAUUUGCCCAAUUCGCAGAGUCAAAACAAUAUUCAAAUGGUUUCGCAUACUUUGACCAUCAGAGAGCUACUCACUCUCUGGUCGUGGCUUCCGGUUCGAAUAACAAUGUACCAACCGAUUCUUUUAUACACAACGGAAGAACAUGGAUGUUCUCUUACAACAUUUUUCGUAAGAGUUGAACAACACGAACCGACGUUGCUUAUGAUUAAAACCUCAAACAAUGAAGUGUUUGGAGCUUAUUGUUCAUCAAGAUGGGGUGAAAGAAAUUUAAAAGAUGACCGAGGAAACCGACAAGCUUACUUUGGAACUGGCGAAACCUUUUUAUUCUCUCUAUAUCCAGAAAGGGCGAAAUAUCCUUGGGUUGGAAUGGUUACUGAUAACGUUGAACAUAGUGCCGAAUUGUUUAUGGCGGCUGAUUCAAAAAUGAUUACGAUCGGUGGAGGUGAAGGUCAAGCGAUUUGGAUGGACGAAAACAUCAGGUUUGGUAAAACGGAUCGUUGUCAAACAUUUGAUAAUCCCCCGUUGUGCUCAACGGGCGAUUUCGAAAUUCGAGUAUUAGAAGUGUACGGUUUCGCUACUGAGCAAUUGAAUUAAGAAAUGAGGUAACGAACAACGAAUUACAUCGAUAAUAAAAAAUUUAAAUAAAAAUAAGAAAGGGUUUUGAAAAAAAAACCUGUAAAAUAUAUUCGCACUGUAUAAGUGAGAAUUAAGAACAAUUCAAUUCUAGUCUGGGUUUAAUUGAUAAGAUUUUUUAUUUUAAGGUAUUGAAGUUUCUUUUUUUUUUUGUUUUUUCUAUUUUGUACUUUUUCCUAUCGCCCUAUUUAGUCUCUUUGUGCCAUUUUUUAACAGUUAAGUAUUAAAUUUCUUGAGUAUUUGAUUGUAAUAUCGAAAUCCUCGUCGGUCCAACAUAUAAAAUACAGAAUUUAGUGAUAGAUUUUUGAUACAAAUUAAACAAAUUUGAUUCGUAGUGUAUAUUCUAUAAUCAUAAAAAAGCAAGUUUUAGCCCAGUGUUUUUUUUUCUAUGUGUAUUUUUGAAUGUAACUUCCUCAUUUGUACAUAUUUAUACAUAAUACAUAAAGAUUUGUUGUUUAUUUUAAAAAUUUUGUUCGCAAACGACCGCUAACGUUUUCGCUUUAACGGUUUUAUUAUUUUAUUUUUCGCUUUUGUACAUAGUCCUUCGAGAAAGGUGUCAAUUAUCAUUAGCACAAACACUAAGAAUUAGAAAAACAAUGUCUCGCAUUGUAUCUUUUUGUUUCUUGCGCUUCUCAUCAUUUUUUUUUUUAAUACUUGUUACGUUUAUCGUUGUUUAUUUUAAGUUAAUUUUAUUGUGAUACAAGAAAAAAAUUCCUUUGUACUAUCGCUUGUUGUAAAACUUCCGAAACUGGGAAGUUUUUUUCAUAUAUAUUUUCUCUAAUCUAUUUUCUUUUGUAAAUUAUUGCUUCUUCGCCACUAUGUUCCAGAAUGUAAUAUUAUUUAUUCAAUUGUUUUCAAUGUACCUACUAUUAUUUUAUUAUUAUUAAAAAAGCAAGAAAAGGUUAUAGAUAAAGUUAUAUACGUAUGUAAACAAACGGCACUUAUUAUAUUAUAAAUGUUUUACAGCUAACAUAAAGAAUAAUAUUCGAUAAUAUUAUUAUAAAAUAUAUAUAAAUAUAUGUGUGUUAAAUAUUUAAAUGUGCUUAGAUGUUGUUUAAGAUUUAUAUUGUUAAUAAGCAAUAAUCCAUGUGAUAAUUUUUCAAUGUGUAAGAUUCGAAACGAGUGUUCCGCGAUGAUUUUAUCGAAUCAAGUUCUCUAUUUACUUAUUGUUCUUUUUAUCAUUUAAUAAACAAAUAAAUAAAAUCAUCGUUUCUACACCAAACGUCGAAUCUUUUACAACAUUUUUCUUUUCAACUUGUAAUGUAGUACGUAAAAUUUUUAGCUUUGUAUAUUUUCCUGUUUAUUUUUAUUUUAUUUUUUGCCCAAGAUAGGCCGUUUUAUUUUUGACUGCUCUAGUUACCAGUCAGUCAUUAUUAUUAUUAUUAUAUUCAUUUGUACAGGAAAGAAAAAUCCUCACGCAAUAAUUAAUUAUCUUAUUAUAAUAUUUGCGUACAAAGAAAACGUAAAGAUGAAGAAUGUUACAAUAGAUUUUAAUUCCAUUUAAAAAUAAUUAAAAAAAAAUUAAUACCAAGA